AUGAUGAGGUUUGGGGACGCCCUGUCGGCCGACUGGGUGGCUUCCACGGUGGUCAAGCCCCUGCUCCGGAUUCUGGCUUCCCUCCACGCCACCUCCAUCAUCCACCGCGACAUUAAGCCCGAGAACCUGCUGCUGGAUGCAAGGGGAAGUCUCAAACUGGCAGACUUUGGGCUGUCCAUCGACCAGCGCGAGGAGAUUCCCUUCCUCCGCGCCGGCACCCUGGACUACAUGGCACCCGAGCGGAUGCAUGACAGACUCCACGCCGACCCCUGA